AUGUCUAGAGUCUAUGAACCCUUUGGAAUGGAGCAGACUGGAAGGGCCCAUCCACCUGUGUUUGCUUUCAGAAAGGGGGCAGGUGCCAAGUCCUCUUCCGGCGACAUCCCCCUGAAGCCACUUGCCAGCUCCAGAAAGCAGAGCAAGGGGCCCUCUGACCAGCAGGUGUCUCUGGACAGGAUGUCUCUGGUGUCCAUGCGGAAAACCCGAGGGGGCCGUGAGUGGUGUGCCUUUCGGUGUCCUGUACACCUCUUCUGGCCUCAUCUCUGCAGUCUGCCUCCAGAGAUCUUGCUGUGUAUCUUCACCUACCUGGAUGCCGCCAGCCUGCUGAGCGCCGGCUGUGUAAACAGACUCUUCUACCAGCUGGCCAGGGACAAUUUUAUUUGGGGAAAAAUCUAUGCAGCUGCCUUUCCCCCGAAAACGUCUUCCUGGAGGGCGAGUUCCAUGGCAAAGAUGGAGGCAUCUGUGGGCUCACUGAACGUGCAGGACCUGGCUCCCGGGCACUGGAAGGAGGAAUUUAUUCAGAAGCAGAUUGGGCUCAUGAGAGCUGUGUUGGUGCAGGAACUUAAGCCUGUCAAAAAUUUAAUAGGCUUGUCCACCAAGACCUUGGAGGUCUUCAGAACAUUUGGCUUAGGUUGGACAAUUGUUCUGAAACAGGAGCAUGGGAAGAAACACAUCCUGUGUCAUUCACACCUCGCCAAUAACGAGUCCUCAGUCACGGUUACAUGGUACAGCCAGUCCUGGCCUCCCCGGGCCACGCUGGCCACCUUGGACUUGUAUGGUGUGAUCCCACUGUUUAGGGACCACUCUUACCCCCCCUCUAAGCCUGGGCCUCGGUGGUAUUCUUUGAUCACCACAUACAACCUGCAUCACUUGAGUGAAGCUAUGGUGAUAGGCUCAGACAGUCUCGUCAGAAUUUUCCGUCUGGACCCUGGCCUCCUGGUGGGACUGUGGCAGAGGAAUGACGAGCUGGCCUUCAUCAUGGCGCAUCUCCACUCCUAUCGCCUCCUGGAGAGGAGCACCCUGGGCUCAGCGACCAGCUCGCACGAGCUAUCCCUGCCUGUCCCCUUGGAGGACCAUAGCCCCGAGUGUGCGCUGCAGGACUACCAGCUCCACAUGGAUAUGCACAGUGGUGGUGUCUUCCACUUGUGCGGGACCUUCAGUCUCUUUGCCAGGAAAGGCCACAUUGAGAAUGGCUUCGUGAAGCUGGUCUUUGUCAGUGCCCAGAAUGAGAGAGAUCAUCUGCCCCUGAUCGGGAAGCUUGGCCUGUUCUGGAAGACCCAGAUGCUGAAGGGCCACAUCCAGAAUUGCUCCAUUCUGGACGCCACACUCCUGGAUGAGUGCCGGAGACCCUUCUGGUGUCUCAGCAUCCCUGUCUGCUUGGUGCAAGCAGACUCCAAAAUCCCCCAGUUGCGGGGACCCACCUACAGCGUGGACUAUGCUGAUGCCGAGGGCCGCGUGCACCUUGAGCUGCUGUGGUUGAAGGAGACUGGGGAGUUCAUCAUCAUCAGUCUGGUGCUGUUUCUCAGCAUUGACAAAGUCAACCGCUGGUUUGGCACCUGCUACUGAGUCUGAGU